AUGUCGAUAUUUGCUCUCCCUGUCCUGGUCCUGGCGGUGCUAGCCGUGCACACGAUCAAUGUGGCAGCACUCCCCCAAGUCCUCGUAUACACCAAAACAGCAGGCUACCGGCACGAGUCGAUCCCGAUCGCCGUCCAGACCAUCACCUCUCUCGGCAACGGCUCACUCACACUGCCUUCUUCUGCCAUCGAUCCCUCCAUUUCAGCUGUUCGAUGGUCCACAGUCAAUACCGAAGACGAGACCCGAUUUCACAAUCUCACCUUCCUUUCGCAGUUUGACGCCAUCGGCUUCGUCAGCACCACCGACCAGGAUCCUCCGCUCACCGGCACCGUACUAGACGACCAGGGCCUGCGCAACUUUGCUCGCUACAUCGAACAAGGCGGGGGCUACUUUGGCAUCCAUUCUGCAGCUGCUACCUUGUUCGGUGCUCCCUUUUACGGUCGACUCGUCGGCGCCUAUUUCGACUAUCAUCCACAGAUUCAGAACGUCUCUGUCAAGCCAGUCGAUGCGUCGCAUCCGUCCACAUCGAGAUGGCCAGCGGAUGGUCUGCGCAUCUACGAGGAGGUUUACAACUUUCGCUCGGAUCCCAGAAAUCUGCCCUCGCCUGCACAUGUUCUUGUGACCAAUGCCUCUACCUUCUCGGAUCCCGGAGUCAAUCCGCAAGGCUUCAGGAACGGCACCAAUGGCCCCUCACCUCAUCCGCUGGCUUGGUGGAGGCAGGGCGGUCUGCUCGAUACCAAUUCUUCUACCGAUGCAAGUGUCAGUGGAGUGGGCGGAGCCGACAUCCAGGCGGCCGGAGGGCCAGGUAGAGCAUGGUACACCAGCUUGGGUCACGACGUCUCCACAUGGCAGCUCGAUCUCUUCCGAGGACACGUUGCUGGCGGUAUCGGCUGGGUGCUUCAGUCAUCCACAGCAAGGUCGGCUCACGGCGGCAGCAGCAAUGGAAGCACCGGCACAUCGAGCCAAGACACGACGCCGGCUAGCAGUAGCGCACAUUCCCUGCGUCCUGCGCGUCUCCACCUGCCUGCAAUGGCCGUCACUGCACUAGUUGUCACUCUGCCAGGCCUAUCUGUACUUGUAGCGCAGAUCCGAAUUCCUGUCUAA